CAACUCAGCCCUCUGCCGCUCCACACGCUACAUCAGCUGAUCCGUCACGUGGUCUGGUGUAGUGGGUCACCCUUUUGCAAAAUGGAGUUGUCUGAGUCUGUGCAGAGAGGGCUACAAGCUCUAGCCGAUCCGUCCGCCUUCGACCAGAGCAGCUACCGGGUGCUGGUGGACGCGUCUUUCCGAAGCCUGCUCUCCUCUCAAGCCGACCCCGGAGUCCUCGAUCAGCCCGAGCUGAAGCAGAUCGACCAGAUCCUGCUCAAACAGAGUCACACUGCAGCGACCACCUUCAUACUGGAGGCGGUCAAACAAAACGCAGAUAAGUCAACUAUCAGCUCCUGCCUUGAAGAACUCUCAUUCAGUGCAGACAGAGUAGAACUAUUCUAUAGCACACAUCAGAAACAUAGAAAGGAACUGGAACAUCUGUUAGCUAGCAUAGGAAGGUGUCCACCUCAGAUCAACGACGCGACAUGGCGUCUACAAUACCACGUGAAGAACGGCCAGGUCGAUAAGGUCAACGAGCCUUUCUACUUGCUUUCAUUGAACACUGAGAAUAAAGGAUCUUUGGAAGAUAUCAACUUCACCUGCACAGUGGAGCAGCUACAGGAUUUGGUGGGAAAGCUCAAAGACGCUGCCAAGAGUGUGGAGAAAGCCAGUCAGAUGUGAUGCCGGUGUCCAGUUUCCUCGCCCUUUCGGCACCACAAAAGCACUGAACUUCAGCAGUUUCCAGCGGCAUUGCAAUUCUCUUUAUAGUUUCUUUUGUACCUGAGAUUGACAUGACGUGGACAUGUGAGAGACAAUUAUCAUUCCAACGUGUGUGUUUCAAUUAAAACAGAAUAAAUCCAA